CCACAGCCCAAAACGCGGUGUUCUAGCAAUCUGUUCAACUAACGUCCACUCUCCAGUCAUGGCUUCCGAGAAUAAAUCAUUCGUCCAGUCAGCGACUGACACCGUCUUUACCUUCGUGGCUCUCUACUUCACAACCCUCUUUAGCAUGGACACGUGGGACGCCGCACGAAGCUCUCCCUUCCGCGCUCCGGGUUCGAAUACCUACUUCCGACCUGCACAUCCAGCUCCGCCGCCGGAUAGCUACCAGGGGCGCAUGUUCAACUCCGCCCGCAACCGAGGUGAUAGAAGGGGUGUGGGAAGGGUGCCGACAGCAAGGGACUCUAGGCCACCGAUACGGAUGGGAGGUACGGCAGGCUGUGGGGCUUGCGCUCUGUGAGCCCAAAGACGACUGAAUUACACAUAUGGUACAUACGAGAGAGGUUGGGAAGGCAGCGAAGACGUGUCUUGAAGGUGCAGCGGUGAGCGUGGAAAUGGGUAUCCGUUGAGGAAAUACCCUAGAUGGUGAAUCAUUAGUCGUUUAUACCCCCUGAGGCCGACCUGUAUACCCCAGUUGUACAACUGCUAUCAUACACAAACAAAAAUUUCCUCCACUCGGCUCAUGCCGUUAUCUCCGCAUCUUUGACGGGCUGAGCUUCUGCAGGCUGAUCUCCGGCAAGCUCGCUCCGCUGGGCCGCUCUCUUCUUCAGCACAUUCUCAAUGAACGCCUCCCCUGCUUUAUAACUUGACCGGACGAGUGGCCCUGACGCACAG